AUGCGGAACAUUGUUCCAUUCUGGGAGACAUGCAGAGGCAAUGUCUCCCAGAAUGAGACACUGCGACCGACAGGAGUGCACAAUACACUCUUGUCGGUCAAACUUCCGCGUUCAAGUUAUCAAUGCGGAACAUUGUUCCAUUCUGGGAGACAUGCAGAGGCAAUGUCUCCCAGAAUGAGACACUGCGACCGACAGGAGUGCACAAUACACUCUUGUCGGUCAAACUUCCGCGUUCAAGUUAUCAAUGCGGAACAUUGUUCCAUUCUGGGAGACAUGCAGAGGCAAUGUCUCCCAGAAUGA